AUGACCAUGCCCGUAAGGUAUGCCUCGUGUCCGCGAGUGGCUAUAAACGGGUUUGGCCGCAUAGGCAAAUGCUUACUUCGUUUAGCCGACACAAAGGACGUAAACGUGGUAGCUGUAAAUCAGCCUUUCGUCGACGUCAAACAGGUUGCGCACUCGCUGAAGUACGACACCGUUCACGGGGCGUUUGACGGACUAGUAGAAGUCAAAGAGGAUUUCAUUAUCAUAAACGGAAAACCUAUAAAAAUUUUCCACGAAAAAAAGCCAGAGGACAUCAAAUGGAAAGACGCCUCGGUGGAUUAUGUACUCGAAGCUUCCGGUGUAUUCACAACGGUGGAAGCGGCAAAGAAACACAUUGCAGGAGGAGCCAAAAAGGUAGUGAUCAGUGCACCCAGCAAGGAUGCUCCGACGUUCGUCAAAGGAGUGAAUUUCAACGAGUACAAAAAGUGUAUGGAAGUCGUGUCGAACGCCUCGUGUACUACCAAUUGCGCUGCCCCUGUCAUCAAGAUCUUGCACAGCGCGUUUGGUGUGGAGAACUGUUUGCUCACAUCUAUACACUCCAUGACUGCUACGCAGGCCGUUCACGACGGUUUGACAAAGCGAUCCGGUCCGUUCAACAUAAUAUCCGGCACGACUGGAGCCGCAAAAGCCGUAACGCUCGUCUUGCCGGAACUCAAAGGCAAAAUAAACGGAGAUGCUGCCAGAGUACCGACGUUGGAUGUGUCGCUAGCAAAGCUAUUCGUCAACGUCAAAGAAACCGUGUGCGUGGACAGCAUUAAAGAAGAGAUAAAAAAACAGGCCAUGGCGUGCAUGAAGGACGUGGUGUACUACCACGAGGACAAGUGCGUGAGUUCGGACUUUAUCGGCACGCAGUUUUCGUCGGUGGUCGACUUCAACCAGAUCAUCACAAUCGACAAAUUUAUCAGUAUCGGUGCGUGGUAUGACAACGAGGUGGGUUACGCCUGCAGGGUGUUGGAUCUUGUCAAACACAUGAUCUCAGAGGACAGCAAGUCUUGUUGA